GUGGUGGUCCUCGUAUCGCUGGAGUAAUCAGCCGAGCCGAAAGACGCUACAUUUACGUGACUAAAACGAAAAAUUGAUGAGAUAUUUCUUUCUGUUGGUUGAGUUGAUCAUAGACAGUCACAAUCAGAGAACAUGGCGAGUUCCAAUUUUGUAUCCACCGAUGCUAUUUCUCAGAGAGCCAGGAAUAUGUUUGCCUUCGAUUUUCCACUGAAAAUUCUGUUUGAGAAAAUGACGGAAAAUCCGUAUCACGAAGAUAACAAGGAUGGCAUCAUUAACCUGUCUACAGCCUACAAUGAAGCGGUGAAAGAUGUUAUUACUGAAAAGUUUAACCAGCAGGAACUAAAGAAAUGGGACUCCUCGAUGCUGCCCUAUCCCAGUCACUGUCAAGGGGCUGCCUGCAUGCGCAAAGUCAUUGCAGAAUUUUUGUCAGCUGAGACCAAUGCUGCGCAAGGUCUUGAUCCUGAGAAGAUGGUGAUCAUGGCUGGAGUAACUCCUGUAAUAAAUGUGAUGGCAUUUAUACUCUGCAAUCCUGGGGAUACUGUGUUGACCCCUUCUCCAAUGUAUGGGGGUAUACCACGGGACAUCAAGUACCAGGCUGAAGUUAAUACAUAUCCAGUCUAUCUAAGCAGUAAGGCAGAACCGGAUGGAAGAGAACCAUACGAGCUGACUGUUCAACUACUAGAAGAAGCCUUGGAGAAAGCCAAGCAAGAGGGUCACAAAGUGAAAGCCCUUAUUCUUGUCAACCCAUUCAAUCCUUGUGGGACUGUUUACACCAGACAACAGAUCAUGGAGUACCUCAAAUUUUGCCACAAGCACAGUCUACAUUGUGUUAUAGAUGAGAUUUACAAUUGCAGUAUCUAUGAUAAUUCUGUCCAGAGUUCGAGUAUAUUCACCUUUAACCCAGAUGAUCUACCCGAUAAGGAUAGGACACAUGUCUUAUGGGGAAUGGCUAAGGAUUUUGGAAUGCCAGGUAGUCCGGUAGGAGUAGCAUAUACAUGGAAUCCCAGUGUCUUGGCUGCCCUGAUUGCUUUGGUGGAUUUUUAUCAAGUACCUCUGUUUCUCCAGAUUGCUGUGACAAAAGUUCUAAAAGACAAAGAAUGGUUAAAAUGGUACCUGUCAACCCAGAAAAGCAUGUUACUCGAAUCUUCCAACAUCGUGCAGGAAACAUUAGAUGAGCUUGGGGUACAGUAUGUGAAACCAGCUGCUGGCUUAUUCUUAUGGGCAGACUUUAGAAAGUUCAUCCCCAAUGCAACCAAGGAAUCUGAGAUGGCGUUCUCCAUGCACUGCCUUGACAAUGGGAUCGCCAUUGCACCAGCCUCGUCAUUCUAUUACAACGAGUAUGGCUGGGCGAGGAUCAUCCAUACUUUACCAAAGGAGAUCCUCAUCAAAGCCAUGAAGAGACUCAAAGCAUCGUGUAGAUCAUUCCAAGGUUAACCAGCACUUAGCGAGAAAGGGCGCUUUCCAUUCCACUGCCUUAUUAUGAAUGAUGUAAUAUAAUACACAAUAAUGCAAAAUGCUGAUUC